UUAUAACUAAAUGAUGAACGCCCUACCUUGACCAAAAGUCAAUCUAUCUAUUUCCACUCCUUAUUCAUUUGAAAUCCUCCUCAAAACAAAUCUGGAAGUAGUAGAAACAUGAGAUGAAAUAGCAAAAACUCCACCAUUAAAACGAAGGCCGCAUCUUUUUAGCGCCAAACACGCGAACACGAUCUGAACAUGAAUAUUGCGCGCGUAACUCUGCGAAACGACAUAAUAACCAAAACCACCUUUUCCAGAAAUGAAUUUUAAAAAUAAUUAAUAUUUUUUUCUUUAAUUAAGCGUCAGUUGAUUUGAUUUCCUUCUUCUUCUUUUUUUUUUUUUCAAUUUUAUGAUCUUAUAAAAAAUGAGAAAAAAAAAAGAUACCCAAAUCCUGGUUUAUGUUUUGGAAAUUAUUUGCGGAUUCAAAUUUGUGAAAAUUCUUUUUAAAAAUUUAUUAUAUCUGCUUAAUCAAAAUUGAGAGUGAUUUAAAGAUUGUUUUGUUUACUAAAUCAGUAUUUAGAGGGAUAUGAAGCGAUUCUGAUUCAAAUUUUUGCUUGCUGUGGAGAAUUCGAGUUCUGGGUACUAAGUAGAAGUGAAGGUUCCUGAUGUCUUGAUAUUCAAAUAAUCUUUCGAAGAAGGGGCGGAGAUUGACGGUGGCUGUGAAGUAUUUGGUACACCAUUAAAUUUUCUAGAGAUUGCUUCAGAAUAAUCACUUGAAGUGGCUUCAGAAAUGUCGACAAAAAGGGAGUCUAAACAGCCUGCACCAAGUGUUAUGUCAAGAUUAAUGGGGCUGGAUGAAAUGCCAACACAGCAGCCUGUUCAAAAGAAACAAAGGGUUCUCUCUGAGAAUUAUCUACGCAGAGUUGCUUCUAUAGGUGUAAGAGAGAAAUGGUCGGAACGCCAUUCUUUUAAUUCAAGUAUUAAAAAGCAGGGUGGAAAUAACAGUGUCUUUCAAGCAUUAGAAACAUUGAGGAAAAACAAGCACCAAAGCAUGCCAAUUCAAAAGAGGGAAGUGAAUUUGGUUUCAUCAGAGAUCAAGAUGAAAGUCCCAGAAGCAAAGUGUGAUUUAUGGAAUAAGAAACUUCCCAGUUCAAAGGAAUUUGUUUCAAAGACAGAUAACAUUCUAAAAUACCUCCAAAAGCCAGAUUUGUGUUUUACCAAGGAAAUCAACAAGCCAAAUGAUGAGAAUUUGAGCUUGCAUUCAGGGCCCUUUGCAGUCCCAAAGUCACUGUGCUCUUCUGAAUGCGGAGACGAUAGCAUGUGCAGGAAAUUUAGGAGGAAAAGUGAGCAAGGGUAUGUCAACUCACUAAAUAAGGUUCAAAGUAGUAUUGGAAUAUAUUCUUCAGGAGAAGUUUUCCAUGAUAAUGUGAAAAAGUUUUCAAGAUCAAAAUUCAAGCCAAAUAACAUAUCAUAUCUCCCAACUACCAAGAUGGAUGUUCUAAAACCAAACCUUGGAAAUGCAGAUAGUGCUGCAAGAUCCUUUUCUAUAUCUUCUCAAUCUCAUGAAGUAUCUCAUCCAGGUAAUGGAAACCAAAAUAGGAAUCGAAAUCCUAGCAAUGGAAAUUUAUUUGUUGAAGUGAAAAAGAGUAAAAACUUGGGAAAUGGCAUGGAACCUGUUAGGCCAAGGUCUAGAUUUUUAAGGGAAAGAACCAGAACAGUGGGGCAUGGUAUUAGUAGCACACCCAUAGAGGGACCAAGCACCGAAACUAGUGGUAGUGACUCCUUUGUAAAAGCAUCUGAGUCAACAAUACCUUCUUCUCCCACCCUUUCUGAUAGGAAGAGACAAUAUCACAUUUCAGAUGGACCAAAUGCAGCCAUGGAUGUGGAGGAUCAAACCUUUGAAAGAUGGAAGAUGAGCAAAAGGUUUCAACAAGUUGAACUGUCUAGUAGGAGCACAAUAUCGGGUACAAUGCAUUCAAUUCCUGACAAGCCUGGUGACUGUGGUUUGAGCAAGCAAGGUGGUCCUGAUAGUAGAGAUGCGAACUUUGGUACUCCUUUAGGCAUAAGCAGUUGGGAUGGUUGUAGUAAUGAAUGUGUCAGAGAAUUACCAACAUCCAGCUCUCUUCUUUCAUGCUUUAAUGCAGUUGAGAAUGCCAAUGCCUGGACAAGACACGAACAUCUUGAAAAUGGCUGGUCCAUGAGAGACCUUAAGUCUAUCGAUUUGGAACAGAACAAACCAAAAGAGCAAGAUUUUGACUGCAAAGAUGAUGGUUCUGAAUGUAGAAGCUCAGACUCCGGCUAUAAAAAGUCUCGAGAUAGUCUUUGUUUGGAGUCAGAAAACAAUAGCCCAGUAGGAGAUAAUUAUGCAGUUCAAAAUGAACUAGAAAAUAAAUUGAAGGAAAAGGAUUCAGGUGGCCAAAUUUCAGCAGUUGCUAAAUCCUCUAGUCGAAUCAAUCAGACUUUACAAGAUGUUUGGAUGAAGCAGGAUGAAGACAAUAAUGAAGGAUGUGAGGAGGAUCUACUGGGGCAUCAACUGGAAUCAAGAAACUGCAUCUUGUCAACAAGAGAGGAAGACUCUUCUUGUCAUAUAGGAGAUACCUCACUUCAGCAGGAACUGUCCCAUCAAUUCUUUGAAGAAGAAUCUUUUUCUUCACUAUUAUCUGGUACGGACCCAGAAUCACUAAUGAGCUUUGAGGAAGCUUAUCAACCUAGUCCAAAUUCAGUACUGGAACCAUUUUACAACAAGGAGAUUUCAUCUAUCUCUGAAUGUUUCAAGAGUGUGAAUGCUUCUUUACACGGUCUGCAUAUGCAACUUGAACUCCUAAAGUCAGAGACAUCCAACGAAUACUCAGAAGGAUCCAGCAUGAUGGUGUCUUGUAAUGAAGAUGAUUGGGAAGGAUCAAUACAUGAUUCUGAAGAAAACGAAUGCCUGAUGAUAACAUUCGGAUUCGAGGGGAUUAGGAAUUUCUCCUAUCUUGCUGAUGUAUUAACCGAGGCAGGUUUCCAUGACAGAGACUUGCGUGCAGGAUUUGAUACAGGGCCGUUUCAAGUCAGCUAUUCUUUCUUCGAGAACCUGGAGAAAAAAUAUGGUGAGCAGAAUUCUUGGAAGAGAUCAGAAAGGAGGCUUCUAUUUGAUCGCAUUAAUUCUGAGCUGAUGGAGAUUUUACAGCCAUCAACAGGAGUGCUGACAUGGACAAAACCUUUGGUAAGAAGGUUGAAUUUUAGUCUGAGGCAUGACAUGAUUGAGGAGGAGCUGUGGACAUUACUGGUUAGCCAAGAAAAGGAGGCAAGCAAGGGAUCUGAAAAGUUCUCAAUAAAAGAUGAUGAGCGGUUGGAGUUGGGAGAUGACAUUCAGGUGAUUGGUAGAGAAAUAGAGAAUUAUUUGUUUGAUGAGUUACUUGCAGAUGUUGUCAUGGAGAGUUCUUGCUAGAUGGUGCUUUUUUGGAUAUAUUAUCAGAAAUAUACUGUGCAGAGAAACUUGUAUCAUCUUUUUGUUCAUUCUUUUCGAAACAAAAGGGCGAGAUAUGUAUAGAAAAUUCAUUUGAAAAGGGUUGUAGUUUCUCAUUGAAAAAAGGGGGGGAAAGGUGUAUAGAUAUUUAAUGUUUCUAUAAAAGUUCUUCGAAUUCAUUGCACAGGGGUGAGGAAUAAAAGUUGGCAUUUUUUUUCUAGAAGAUGUACUCACUUGAACUUAUUUUUGUUUACUAGUUCCAAAUGGAGGUCUGUAUUAUUGCU